AAGAGGUCAGGGUUUUGAAGCAGUUGGAUGUCUGGGUCUCACCGAAUGAAUCUCUUCUCUCAAGCGAUGCUGAGAUCAGUCCCAGGAUCAGAACACAGAGUGGAAAGGACAAGAGGUUACUAAUUACUCCCUUAUUCUGCUUCCCUCCGGAGAUAGUUUCUUCUUGCAAUCUUGCCUGUGAUUCUUCCUGCUACCAAAUUCAGAUCCUGCUGUUGUGCCUCCAUUGAAGAUGGAACCCAGAUCUCCUUCUAGCUGAGUGUCUGUCAUGCCUAAUCAACGAAUCCUCCCUGCCCUCUGGAGCCUCCUCUUUCCCCUAGGUGUUGCCAUCUACCACAAAGGCACAGGGAACCCAGCACCCCACCCUGGUCCCCACUACCUCCUGCCCCCCAUCCAUGAGGUCAUUCACUCUCGCCGCGGUGCCACGGUCACCCUACCCUGCGUUCUGGGCACCCCACCCCCCAGCUACAAGGUGCGCUGGAGCAAAGUGGAGCCUGGGGAACUACGGGAAACACUGAUCCUGAUUACUAAUGGGCACCAUGCCCGGGGCUAUGGGCCCCUGGGAGAUCGUGCCAGGAUGAGGAAGGGGCACAAACUGGAUGCCUCUUUGGUGAUCACGAGUGUGGCGCUGGAGGAUGAGGGGAGAUACCGCUGCGAGCUCAUCAAUGGACUGGAGGAUGAAAGCUUGGCGUUGACCCUCAGGCUGGAGGGUGUAGUGUUCCCGUACCAGCCCAGUCAGGGCCGGUACCAGUUUAAUUACUACGAAGCUAAGCAGGCAUGUGCGGAGCAGGACGGGCGUCUGGCCACGUACCCGCAGCUCUACCAGGCGUGGACCGAAGGUCUGGACUGGUGCAACGCGGGCUGGCUCCUGGAGGGCUCCGUGCGUUACCCGGUGCUGACAGCACGUGCUCCCUGUGGGGGCCGGGGACCACCAGGGAUUCGCAGCUAUGGACCCCGAAACAAGCAGCGGGAUCGCUACGACGCCUUCUGCUUCACCUCCGCGUUGCAGGGCCACGUGUUCUUUGUCCCUGGCCGUCUGACGUUAGCCGAGGCGAGAGGAGCCUGCGCGAGGCGCGGGGCCGUGUUGGCCAAGGUUGGCCACCUCUAUGCAGCCUGGAAGUUUUCGGGUCUGGACCGCUGUGACGGAGGAUGGCUGGCAGACGGCAGUGUGCGCUUCCCCAUCACCACCCCGCGGCCUCGCUGCGGGGGCCUCCCAGAUCCCGGAGUCCGCAGCUUCGGUUUCCCCUUGCCGGAUCAGCCGGCUUAUGGGACCUACUGCUACGCCGAAACCUAGGGGGACAUCCUCUCCAAAGCCCCAGUCCAACUAGCGGCCUUCCUUCCCAUUGUUGGAUCUAGUCCAACUGGGAAAUAAAUUAAGAAUCGAAUUGGAGAUGGGGCGUGUUUGCACUACCUUCCUUCUUUCGGAGAUUCUCCUUGUUAGACAGACUCGGCGAGACGAGAAAGGACUUACUGACGCUCUCCAUUUCCCGCACUGCAGAUGCCUGUGCCAAAGUCCAGGCGAGCCAGGGCGGGAAGCAAUGCACCUGCCUUGAAGACUAAUAGGAUUUGAAUUGGUGCUUCCCUUUGCAGAGAACUCGGCAGGGUUGGCCGGGAGGGUGUGAGAGAACCGAACAACGUCGAAAUAUUAACUGAUUGUUGUAAAUUAAUAAAAUAGCCAAAGGAGACGUUCGCUCUCCAGAGAA